AUGUCUAACAGCCCCAGACAUCCUGCUUUUUACACCUCACGUCGACAGCUUUGGGCAACACUUCCCAGCCCAAAGUCAACGUGCACUAACAGAUGGCUGACAAGAACAGGUCUUGGAACUAACUGUACAAGUCUGUUUGAUGUGUGGCACGCACUGUUCACCACAGGGACAGUCCUGUGGCUCAUAGUUAAUGCAAUUUGGAGAUAUGGAGAGGUCAAAGCUCAAGCCUACCAUCCCCGUUUCGGUGGUGGUUGGAAUGAUAUCUUCACCCUGAACGUUCAACUUUCUGCAAUGAUUAUCGCCCUGAGCCUACUACCGGUGCUGGUUUAUGCCACGACCAGCCGCACUGGUCACUUGGCUAAUGAUUCGGUCAUCCUUGGUCGGGAUGUAAUGCAUUUGCACAAAUGUCUGUCCUCAUGUGAACCACUUCAGGGUGCGUGGAAGUCCUCCGUCUCUGGUUCUGCUGGCAAUUCUUUGGAUCAUCCUGCGGGACAGAAGUCCACGCGUGCUGGGUCUUUUGAAGAUGAAGAACUCAACAAACUGAUAUUGAAGAGGAGGAGAGGAACAUUUUACCGCAAACUGGCUGACAAGUUUCGCCCGUUUUCAUCGGUUCUCUACGUCGUGAUUGUAUAUAUCCUCCUAUUCCCGGUUUGUUUGAUAGAAACGGAGCAGUUGCGCCAUGAAGCUAUCCAUCCACGUUACGCAAUACGUUCCAAAUUGGAUGGUCUCUUGGGCAAUCCGACAUUGCUAACGCAGGUGGCAAGUGACGUGUUCGUGUUGAAUACCAAAAGUGAACCGGAAAAAUCAGCGGUAGACGUGAGCCCGCCAAAUGAACGGCCAUUUCCCGGUCAUCCUUAUCCGGUCGACCCAGCCGAUGUAUGCUUGGAAUAUGCCUUGCUAGCAAUCGGAUUUUGCGUGUUGACAGUCAGAUACGCAGGUCCUUUCUAUUUUGCCAGCCGUCCGUUUGCACUGCUGUUUUCCGCAUACACCGCAACUAGCGGCCUGUUUCUGCUAAUCGAUUCAGCAACUAUGGACGUGUUGUACAAACUUGCCGUUGUUGGGGUCCGUGAACCUGGAGGAGCUAUCCUACUUGAUCUUGGGGAAGUGGACAAAACAUUCUCUCCAUUCUACUGCUUGAUUCUGAGUGCAUCAGCUUGGCCUGUCAUUCUUAUUAAUCUGAUGGCAGUCUAUGCUUACGGUGAAUCCCAGUUUGACCGAGCCAUAUCAAAUUAUAGCCAGUUGUUGACCUCCGGUGAUCUGCCGGUUCCAUGUACGUAUCGCCCCGGGACCAUUAGCAAACCAAACUGCAAUGGAACGAUUGCUGUCGCCGACUGUUUGACGAAUAACGCGCAGGAUUUGACCAACAUAUCUUUUGGAACAGACAACCAUCUGAUUGACGUCCAAGGAGAAGGAAAUUCUCAUGAAACGAUCCAUGGACUCCCAAUAACUCUUGCAGUCACAACGAAACUCUGGCGCCCACCACCACCGCCAACAUCUGGACGAGCUUCUCGUAUGGCGAAACGAAUAAACACACCCAUUCCCGGACAGUACACCUCAAACGGAAGUGAAGCGUCUGGUACAAUCAAGCGCAAUCAUGCACAGCUCAAUGGAACCGGGAGUGCGGAUCUCACGGAAUCCGUACACACGCUAACAGAGCUCAGUGGCCCCGGUAAAACCACGUCCGCCAGACGAUCCUACUUUGCUCUGUUGUUAGUUGCAGCUUGCUGUUUCUCUUGGUUGCUUGUAAGCCGCAUCUGCCUGGCUGGACCAAUCCUCAGAUGUUAUUGGAAGACCGGCCUGUCAAUCACCCUGACAAAUAUUCUUAUGACGGCAUUCUAUCUGAUUUGCUGGCUCCUUGUGUGGUUUGGCCUCGGUGUAAAGAAUGCAUGGCGAUUUCGUCUGUUGCAUACAGUACAUCCAGGUCUCGAAAUAUCAAAUCGGUUUGAAACCAACAGAAAAGAUACUAGUGCGUUCUCUUACCCCCAAGAAGGAACUCUAUUACCGAUACCUACGGGGUACCCUACAAUUUGGCCAUAUGUUACCUACGCACCCUGGCUGACGAAUGGUAGCCACAACAACAUGACGGGAGGUUUACCAGUGUCAAAUCCCAAUGAAGAAAACACGCCGAUCGCCAAUGGUAACAUGAAUAUCAUUCCUGAGACAGGUAGUGGGGGUGACUCUCUCUACGGCUGCUUCGCUGAUGUCAAUCAUCCCACAGAGCCAGGAUCGAUGGUGGGCGGAGACCAGUUUCAUGGACAGAUGCCUGGGAUUGGCUUACGCGUUGGCCCACCAACACUCUCAGAUGAAUCAGAUGGCGUCCCAGCUCCCACUGAAAGGCCUAGAACAGAUUUAGGCUAUGUUCAAACCCUUGCAGCCUCUGAAAGUUUUCCCGUAGGGCUGACGAAAUCCAAAAGCUUUCAGCUUUCGUCCCAACGCUCCUUUAGUCCCAACCCGUUCAAUAUUCCUGGUGAUGUGAGCUCCCGUGAAACAUCACCCGUGGAAAUGAUGAAUAUGUAUACCAACGGUUCUAGAAUAAAAAGCCAGAGGAUUUCUGCGGCACAGAAUAUGCUCUUGAAAUCAAAUAAUAGACAUGCAGAUGGCUUGGAACCGACCUAUGCAACAUUAGCCUCGCUUUCGAGACCAGUUAGGCCGCCAUCGAUCAGUUCGCAGCUUCCUGACUCAAGGGAAAUCUCACCCCCUGUGCCACUGAAUCGUAACCUUUCGUGUCGUAGGAAUGGCUCCCGGGUUACAUUUAAAGAAAACGAGAGUGAUAACUACAGAAACCAGCCAGAUGCUGCAACCGGCAGUAGUGACAGUGGAGUGUAUACAAACGGUCAUGGAGGUGGACCACCAAUGAGUGAACGUCAACCACGAUGUGGGCGUCUCAAACCCGAGUCCUUGGCACCGUUUGCAAACCGUUCGAUUAUGGGGGCAAGGGGAAAUUCCGUCACCCCUACAGAACAUGGUUUUUACGGGGCAAAAGAUCACCGCAUGUUGGAGGUGGAAAUGCACGGCGAUGGGAACCAGUCUCCUUAUAUGGUCAACGGGCAGACUACACUAUCUUCAUCCAACGAUCAACUGUGCAGCCAAGUCUAA